AUGAGUGCUAAUUGUGCAGCAACAGUAGCUCUAUGUUCAUUACGGAAACUCCCGUUUCUCUCUGUGUCUGAAUCAUUUCCCUGCCCGAAGAGCUCCAGAAAACUCACGUUUCCUCCUCUAAGAUGUAGACAAAGAUCAAAAUUGGAUUCGCUCUGCGGAACAUUUAGAGUUCGUGCAUCAAAUGCUGGUGUUGGAUCUGGAAGCUAUAGUGCUGGUGAGGAUGAUGGAUCUCAAAGUAACUCUUCUCCUGAUCAAUCUCAUGCCACUCCAUCAGAAAGCUUAAAACCUCGAGAGCCAUUCCCUUACACUCUAUCGAUAGCACUUGUGCUACUUACCUGCGGUUUGGUAUUUUCUCUAAUCACUUUUGUGAAAGGAGGACCUUCCUCAGUUCUUGCAGCAGUUGCAAAGUCAGGCUUCACCGCAGCCUUCUCACUCAUAUUUGUUUCCGAGAUCGGAGACAAGACAUUUUUCAUUGCUGCUUUGUUGGCCAUGCAGUAUGAGAAAACACUGGUCCUUUUAGGUUCAAUGGGAGCUUUAUCUUUGAUGACUAUCUUAUCGGUUGUUAUCGGGAAGAUAUUUCAAUCCGUGCCUGCUCAGUUCCAGACGACACUACCGAUAGGAGAAUACGCUGCAAUUACGCUUCUCAUGUUCUUUGGAUUGAAAUCCAUAAAGGAUGCAUGGGAUAUUCCACAAGCUGAAGCCAAGAACGGCGAGGAAAGCGGUAAAGAACUUGGUGAAUACACUGAAGCUGAGGAGCUAGUCAAAGAACAGGCCCCCAAAAAGCUCACAAACCCGCUUGAAAUCCUCUGGAAAUCUUUCAGCCUCGUCUUCUUUGCGGAAUGGGGAGAUCGGUCAAUGCUUGCAACUGUUGCUCUCGGUGCUGCACAGUCUCCAUGGGGAGUUGCGAGUGGAGCUAUUGCUGGACACUUAGUGGCAACAUUGCUUGCAAUCAUAGGCGGCGCGUUCCUCGCCAACUAUAUCUCUGAGAAACUGGUGGGAUAUGUUGGUGGAGGUCUCUUCUUAGUUUUUGCUGCUGCCACAUUCUUCGGCGUGUUCUAA